CGAGUCGUCUUCCUCGCAGAGUCGCAGCCAAUUUGCAGACUCGCAAAAUUUCUUCCGGUUCAGAAGUGUCCAGAUCUGGCGCGCCUUGCAACGCCUCCUCACGCCUUCCCCGGGCUAAACGUGCAACUCGCGAAACAGCCGACCGCCUCGCUCCGACGCGCUCGCCGACGCACGCGAAGGCAUGCCUUUGAAAACACUGCUUGUGAUAUCAAAGCCGUCGUCAUCAGCAUCCUACAGCUACAAAUUAGUGCCCUGGUUGAGCUGGGAUGAGUGGCUUUUCGUAGACGAAUCUCUCUUUUCGAAUUCACCUGAUUCUGUGGCCUCCGCUUUAAGAAGAAUAUCAGCAUGGAGAAGCAGAGGUUGUCUUCCUGUUGUAAUUGAAGUUACGGCAUCGCUUAUUGAUAUUCAGCAAAAAGAUCCUCACUUUAGAAAGCACCAGUCAAAUGAUGCUUUGGAUAAUUGCAGAGCAGAUCAAUCAAGUGAUGCUUCACUUUCAGACGAAAUGCUGGCCAUGUUAUAUUGUAUGGCAAUCAUGAGGCUUGUGAAUGGUGUUGUUGAGAAGACACGGAAGAAAACAGAGGUGUCAAUUGCUGUGGCUGCUGAUGCAAUUGGCAUUCCACGUACACUGAUUGAUAUUCGUCAUGAGGGAUCUCACCGUGAACUUCCCGCACUGGAGGUUGUUCGUAGUGCUUCAGUUAAGGCCCUUGAUUGGUUGAAGUACUACUACUGGGAGCCUCAGAAGAAGGCAAUUCCAUUUCAUGGUAAUGAAACUGCUGACAUCAGAACUGAGAUAAGGUCGAAAUUCCAUGAAUUGGCUUUCUGCUUAAGAGUUAAGAACACUCCUCUGUCGCUAUCUUCAAAAGUCAAGGAAAAACGUGGUUCUAAGAAAGACCUUACCAAGAUAUUGAAAAGUCUUGUAGGGUUGUAUGCUUCCUUCUCCUCAGAAGUUGUUUCUGUACUGUUGGAGAUCUUGUUGAAUGCUAUAAAUAUCUCAGAUUCCUCGAAGCUUCCAGUAAACACCCAAAAUGGUCCGAGCCUACAUAUUUCAUUGAAUGAGUGGAAGCUUGUGAUAACAAAAUUUUCAAAUAAGGAACCAGAGUUACUUCUGGCUCUCCUGAAUGCAGCUCUUGAUAUGAUCGAGACUCAAGAAGCAGUGCUAUUUGAGACAGGAGGGGUUUGCACAUCAUCAGACCAUAGGGCAGAGAUACUCCAAGUUGAACACCUCUCUUCUCUGUUUAAGUGGCUGGUUGGGAAUUUUGAAGGAUUAAAGCCUCAUCUUGAAAAAGAUUCUGCACCUGAGAUCAAAGUUUCUGUAGGAGAAAAAACGAUAUCGAAAGCUAUUCUGAUGGAACUCCUACGUAAAUGCCUUGUUCUAUCAGCUUCUGCUAAUAACCAGCUCAUGGAUUCUGCCGUCCAUCUUGGACAACUGACAGGGGACAACUACCUAUUGGGAAAACUGAACAAACUCUCUUCAUUAGUUUCAUCAAAUUUGGAUGUUACUGAAGAAUAUGAUUCUCUUAAACAUUCAACUAAUGUAUUUAAGAACGAAGACGAAUCUAUAAGUGAAGCAGCAAAGAAGCUAGAGAUGAUUAAACAGCGCAAAAUGAAGAGCAAAGUAGUGAAGAGAACAGAUGGUGAUGCCAGAAAUACUAACAGAUGGGUUCUGCCAAAAUCAUGGAACCCGUGUCCAAUUGGAAUGUUGCCUCGAGCUGUUGGGUCUUCUGGUUGCCUUCCCGUUCUGGACUUUAAUACUGUUCCAGAAAAGGUUUCUCAGUUACUAGGAAGAAAAGAGAACUGGGAAUUGAACCAGUGUAGUGGCAAGAGAGAAGCUAGUUCCGAUUUACAGCUACUAGAUAACCGAUGCGUUAAGAAGUUGAGGGAAACAGAGGAUGGCUGUGUAUCAGAUAUUGAGCGUGUUUUAUCCACAGAAGAUGUCAGUGGUCAUCUCAUGAUAGGCGGGGUCUGGAAGAAAGUUGGGGAAGAAGAACUACUUGCCAUAAAGUCUGCUGUAAGGAUUUGGCCACACAAAAAAAAGCCUGCUGUAAGGAUUGGGCCACACGAAAAAAAAGAGCCUGCUGUAAGGAUAUUAAUUUAGUCACUGAUUUAUUCAAAGCUAGGGUAGGUCUAAUUUUGGAAGCUUUUGUUAGCAUCUAUGCAGUUUUGAUUUAUAGUGGUGAUAAAUUAGCGACCGAAGCAGUUUUGAUUUAUAUUUUGUAGUGCACUAUGUGAUUAUCUGGGUUAUAAAAGUUGUAGCCAGAGUAACAUUAGCUGGCGGGUUCUUCUAUUUUAGCACUCCACCAGAGAUUUUUUUUAUUUUUUUAUAGACUCACCAUGGUUUAUUUUCACUAA